AUGGGCUCUCAUGCUCGUUCACUUGCCGGUGUAACCGCAUGGAAAUUAUUAACAGGCCUUUGCAUUCGUCGUCCCACAGUUAUCACGCCGUCUCUCACACCAAUUCAAAAACAAAUGAGUGACAUGCUAGAUAUGGUGGAAUUCGAACGUAGCCAUCUAUCUGCUCAUGAAUUGCGUGCGAAAACCGAGGCUGCUCGAUUACGGCAAACCCAAGGGAAAGGCCAAAAAGCUAUUCGUAACACCAAUUCAGAGGAGUCCCUUGUUACUGCCCAUGAACAAGAAUUGUUGUGGCAAGCGGAAGAGAUCAAAUUUCGACCGGCAGAGAGAUUGACUAGUAAGUUACUUAGGAGAAACGGUAAAAAGUUCUGCCACUAUCCUUUCUCUUAUUAUUUGUAUCCCCAUUCCGCCUCUUAG